GAACGUUUUGAACUGCGAGUAUUGCUGCGAAUUAUGUUGGGACGCUAGAUUUAAACUGUGACAUUUUAUAUUUUAAAAAACUGCUGAAACCAAGUGUAAGCAGCUUUUCUUAGACCUGUAGCCUAUGUAUGAAAUGCAGCUUUUUGAAAUCAUCAACAACAUCCUGCAGUUUUUCCAAAUGGAUCAAUGACUAUAAGUUUGACUUUUACUUUGGUUACUCUGCUACGUUACCAUUCACACAGGGACACGAGUAAACAACAAAAAUUCAAUGGCUUUCUCAAACUUAUUCGCGUCAUUGUCUGCUGUAAGUGAAGAUGUGAGGACCUCCUGUCAGCCAGCCUUGAAACAGAUGGACAAGGCAGAAAAUGGGCAAAGAGGCCGAGGCAGAAAGAGGAAAAACCCAAAUGAACAGACUGGAUCGUGUAGGAAGAGGCAGCAUUUCUCAAAUCAGACAGCUGGGAUUUACAACGCUAAGGAAGGCAUGAAGGCUGAAGACUACCAGAGGCACAUGACAAAUAAUGAAUUUAAAACUGACAGUUUCAGAAGACAAGUGGAAAAAAACAACAGAGAUACACCUAAGGUUAAUAACAUGGGUCAAAAAGAUCAAACUAAGAAUAACCAAUAUGUAAACAAGCAGCAUCAGCAGAAGAAGAUGAAGAGAAAGCAAAGAAACCUCAGUCAACAGACAAAUGGGCGUAAUGAACACCGUCAGACUAGACAGACAGCGAGGAAAGGCGGACCAGGCGGCAGAAGUGAAAAUAUCAAAAAGGAAUUUCCCAAAAAAAGGUUCAUGACACAAGAAUUCAAAGAGCAAAAUGCUUUGGAGGUCGAUGGACGCUUACUCUGCCAGCAUUUUCUUUGGGGAAGAUGCAUCAAGGGUGAUUUGUGUCAACUGGAGCAUGUUCAAGGUUACAAUGGCCUCAUCAAGGAAGUGUGCAAAUUUUAUGUGCAAGGAUUCUGCUUGAAAGGGGACAGUUGUCCAUACAUGCACAAGUCUUUCCCCUGCAAGUUUUUCCACAAACACGGAAGGUGCAACAGAGGAGAUUGCAAAUUUUCCCAUGAACCGCUGACUGACGUCACUGAAAAACUGUUGGAUGAGGCAAUAAAACGGUCAAAUGACCUUAUUGAACUGGUGAAGAAAGCUGAACAGGAGUCUGCAGGACAGUCAGAAAACACCCAGGGGUCUGAAAUAACAGAGACUAACACCACUGCUGACUGGUUCAUACAGCCUGUCAGACCCAACUUUUACAGCAGCUCAGAGGUGAACACUGAGAAGGAAACUGGUCAACGCAAAGACCUGCUUCAUCCUACAGAGGAUGACUCCCCACCACAUCUAGCAGAUGACGACCAGCCUCACGAGUCUCCACCAAAAGAGCCAGUUUGUUAUUCAGUUGAAGCUGUGCUUGGACCUCAGCUCUUCAAACCUUUCCGGGGUCUCUUUACGACUCCUUCAUCCGACUUUGCGUCAGGUUCUCCAAAUCAAAGUGAAGCUCCGUAUUCUGUCAGCGCUGUUCUCAAGUCAUUUAAAUCAGGGGAUAGUGAAAGCUUUAGCCUCUCAUGUGAACCUCCUUUUGGACAAACUGUAUUAUCUACACUGAAAACUGAACCCAAACAGGUCUCUGAUCCUAUCCUGUGUUCAGAAAAAAAAUGUGAACCUGUUCACUUUCAGGAAAAAACCUACAAGAGCCUAUUAUCCAAGAAAGUGAAUACAAAUAUGUGCCCUGGUCUCACUGUGGGCUCUGGGGAUAAAGAACAGUGUGGCGCUUUGGCAGAGUCUCUGAAACCAGCUCAGAGGCCUACCAGUGAUGUCAAGUCACAGAUGCAUGUGUCAGCAUCUGCAGAAAUCGAAGGAGGCGUCAAAGAAGGACCUGUUAGUGAAGGAGGUUCUUCAUUUAAUCAGAGAAAAGACAAAAACUUCCUGUCUUUUGAUGCUGCAGGCACUGCAGACUGUAACGAUGAAUCACUUCCUUCAAAUUCUUUUACUCAGACAUCCACUCCUAAACCUCACCUCUCUGACUCUAGUUCCUCCAUAAAACCUUUUUGCCCCUCUUCCAUUUUCAGAGAGUCUAAAUGUAGAGAUGUUUCCACCAGAACCACUGAUGCAGAAAACUGUCUUAGUAAUCUGCCCACUGAGAUCCACCAAAACCCAAAUCAUGGUGUGAAACAACAUCAUCCUACUGAACUGAGCUGUAGGAAUAGCAGAUCCAGUAAGACCCCGACAGCGGCCUUCCGGAGCCUCUUUGCAACCCCGAUCACGAGCACUUUGCAGCCUGGUCCCAGAGACCUUGACCAGUCUGGUUUCCCAGCUCCAUCCGAACCUGAAGACAAUCGUGAUAAAAACACCACUCCAAACCCUUCUGCCACAUCCUUCAUCAGCCUUUUUGCUACUCCUCUUAGAGAAUCAGCCACUUCUCUCCCACACCUGCAGUCUCAGUCCAGUUUUUCUAGGACUUCCUCCUGUUUUCGAGAGGCAAACCAGCGAUCCGACCCCCGUGCACCCCAUUCAUCAGACCCCAAACUGAGAUCUCCUGUUGAACCACUACCUGACAGAACCACUGCAAGGAUCUCUCACCAAACCAGAUCACCAAAUCCUAAAAAGAAAAAUGAAGACGGUCCAGCUGAGCUCAUAAUUCAGCCUAAAAGGCAGGUGGUGAAUUCUGCGCAUACCCUCACAUCAGAUUCUUGUAGUGAGACCUCCAAGAGCCGGACUCCACAGACCCAGAUCCAGUUUUCAUCUGACAAAGGUAAAGCAGUUCUUACAAGGUCAGUCCUGAGAAGCCUUUUCCUGCAUCUGAGCCCCUAUCAGCAGGAUGGACCACAACAAGGCAGCAUCCCUUCAGAAUGUGAAAAGACAGACAAAAGCAAUGCAGAUUGUGUGUUUGAGGAGCAGCAAAAAAAGAAUCAAAGAAAGGCUAAACGAAAAAAGAGCAAGAACCCCUCAGUUGCGCCUCCAUCCGAACCCCAGCCCCCUCCUCAGUGACAGACAGGAAGACUGAUGAGCAGACCUGGACAACUCUGAAAAACCAGCCUUUCCAACCACUGAAGCAGCCUCACAUCGCUGAUAGCGGACUGAAACUGAACAGACAGGACUGAAAACCCACCCCUCAAAGGCCUCUGUAAAACAUCCCACCCCUCUGUUUGACUCUGUACAACACAUACUGUUUGAUCAUAUCACAGAGGACACACAUCUGCUUUUCUAUUUAAAAACCUGCACCUUUUUUAUCUGAUGUUUUUGUGCAUUUUUAAAGUUACUUGCAUAUAAUGACUGAACAUUAGUGUACAAAAUCAAAGCAUUUUUCCAGUGUUUUAUAAAGAUGUUCCAGAGAGGAUUCUGGACAUUAACAUUAAAUGGGAGUAAAUUUUGUUGGACAGUAACAGAGACAAAAGACAAACUAUGGGUUAUGAUACUUAUGGUGUCUGGGCACAGAAGUGGAUUAGAUAAUGACAAUAAAUACAAAUAUAACACUUUA